AUGUCCGGACUCGAGAUCCCUGGCCUCGCAAUUGGUGGUGUUUCUUUCUUCUUUCAAGCAUUUGCAGGAUGCAUUCAAGGCUACGAGCUUAUCGCGGAUGCGUGCCGCUUAGAGAAAACGUAUCAGAAUCUACUCAUCAAGUUCAAGAUUGAGGAGCACCGGCUGUUUGAUUGGGCCAGAUCCAUCGGUCUGGACUAUACAGACGAGACACUCGUACUUAAUCACAUGUCAAAAAACCUCAUCAUGGGUAUCUUAGAGCAACAGCAAAAGCUGCUCUUUUCUUUUGGCCGCCUGGACAAGAAGUAUGCCAAACUGGCCAGUCCGCUGCUGGUUGAAAGACAUGAACCAUUUGUCUUCGAUGCAGAGCGACAGCUUGAAAACGGCAACCAAGCACAAGCAGGCAGCAAUGCCAUUCGGUUUCCCCAGACAGACGAUCUGCUUCAGAAAGUCCGUAAAUUCACAGAACAGCUCAAGACAGCCCCUCGGAGGUUGAAAUGGGCUUCAUUAGACAAGGAGAAAGCGGAAGGUUUAGUUGCCGACCUGGUGCACUUCAACGACAAGCUGCACGAAGCACUUGACAAAGCUCAGCGCGACAGCCUACGGGAAGAGCAAAUCCGCACUCAGUAUCAGAUCGUGCUCCUGAAUCGCACUGUGGAGAACUUAGUACAGAUUGUUCAGUCGCACCGCAUCACAGCACCGUCGCCGUACCCUGCUCUCCUGGAUCGAGCAGACUCUGAGUACGGUAUGGUAACCGGCCGACCUAUUGCGCGUGACCCGCACACACAGCCACUCGCGGCUCUAGCACAGUUCGCAGCUGUAAACCUGCAGUCUGAGAGCUCGAAUGGCAUAAGAGACGUCACCGCUAGCUUCGCCGAGCGCAUCGACCUCAACCACUCAGCAGACGAGAUACAAAAUAUCCAGAUCGAACUGGCUGAUAUUCGCACCUCUGAUAAUUUGGAGGAUGUUGACGAGGCAGAUCGCACCGAAGGCACGUACAGAGACAGGAGCGUCUGGAUCGAAUGGAAGGUAGCUGAACCGAGUCCCGGACAUCUCAAUGGUGCCAGCGGAAUCGUACACGAGCGCAUCAAAACGCUUGCAGCGCUGCUUAAAGAGAUGAACAAAAUAGUCCAGUUUCGUGCCCCUGAGUGUCUCGGAUACUUCUACGACGACGAGCAGGGCCGCUACGGCUUCGUCUUCGCAAAGCCCGACUUCGUCCCCGCGGACGAAAGCCCAACGACCCUGCGUUCGCUACUCGAUACCGACAUGCCCCCCCUCACCGACCGCAUCACACUAAUGCGCCUCCUCUGCGAAACAGUCGAACGCCUGCACGCCGUAGACUGGCUACACAAAGGCCUCCGCUCCUCCAACAUCCUCUUCUUCCAGUCCCAAACCCCCACGGGGACCACAACCAACUACGCCGACCCCUACAUAUCCGGUUUCGAGUACUCGCGCCCGGCGAUGCGAGACGACAUGACGCAGCGGCCCUCGGACGACCCAGCCGCAGACAUCUACCGCCACCCCUCCACACAGAGCGGGAACCACAGUUUCCGCAAGAGCUUCGAUCUGUACUCGCUCGGCGUCGUGCUCCUCGAAAUCGCCUACUGGCAGCCCAUCGACCAUGUCCUCGGCAUCCCUGACAUCCACCGCGCCAAGCCAAAGGAAACCCACGGCGCGAGGACGAUGCUGCUCAUCGACACACGGUUCCGGAAGUAUGUCACAGGACAUCUGGGCCUCGCAGUGCAGAGCGUCAUUUGGUCGUGUCUGCAGGGCCCCGAGGGGUUCGGGUUGGAGGGGGAUUGCGACGAGAAGGAUGCGUGGGUUGGGGCGAAGCUGCAGUGGGCGUUUGGGGAGAGGGUGGUCAAGCGGCUUGCGCAUAUGAGGGGGUUGUAG